ACAAAUUCCUGGUAGACAAUGGUUAUCGAGAUACAGUGGUACAUGGAUGGAUGAGAGUAAUUGAGUUUUCCAUGAAACUGUUUUCAAACGCCUUGGUUAACAAAGAUCGUUGGAAUUUAUGCAAAGGAAAGUCAGUAAUCAUCGAAGGAAAGUUCGGUCAUCGUCGUCGUCAUGAAUACAGAGUUCAGAAAUUGAUCUUUGAAAGCCGAAUGCGUUAUUAUUCUCGAUCAUGA